AACUUACUUGAAACAUCGAACAAGUUGUUCUGUCCAACGAGAUUGGGGACGUCCGCCACUGCCACACCACUUUCUACCAUCAUGUGAGUCCUUUUAAAAUUAUUAAUUUCUUAAUUUCUUUCUUUUCAUACGUAUUACGAAAUAAAUAAUUGAUAAUUUGAUUGAAAUUUAUUAAAAUAGGAUUUUCAUAAUAUUUUCCAUCCACUAAAUAAUUCUUUUUUUUUUUUUUUGAACAGAUCAUCAUCAAUUUAUCGUAAUAUUUUAAUAUUUUUGAUUGAACGUACUUAUACUUAUAAUUUUUUUCUUUAGUUUAAUCUAAUAUUCCUAUGAGUCAUCAUGAGCGAUAACGAAGAAUUGAAUUAAAAAAGCGAAGAUUUCGAAAAAUCGAAUACAUUGAUUUUUGAUAAAGCCUCUAUCCAAUAUCUUUUUUCAGCAAUAAUAAUGCCAAUUAAAUUUGCAGCAUUCCGGAAUUUAAGAUAAAAUGAAUAUUUUUACAAUCCAUUGAUUUAAUUUUUAAUUCAAAGCUUAUUAUAAGCUAAUUAUAAGCUUAGAGAGGUUAAUAAUAAUUUUUUAAAAAUAUUUUUCAUGUAUAUUCAGAUAAAAUAAUGCUCUAUGUGUGAAAACCUCGUGAAAACGAUUAUGACCUUUAUAAUAUUACGAUAUCAACUCGAUGAAUAUGUACCAUUUACAUUACAAAUAGGAAUAAUUUACACAUUAUUAGCAUCAGUUUAUUUUUUACAAUGUUUAAAUUCAGAAUUUUCUACACGGAUAUAUUAAUUUCUUAUGGAAUAUUUUUGCUCAACAGUAAUAAACACCGAACGUUUAAGAAGAACUCUGUUUCGACUUAGGUACGUCAAGGAGAACACGCAGACUUUAUCUCAUUAAUUUGUAUUCCGCGAUAAAUGGAUCACGUUGCAUAUCGUGUCAUAAUGUAUGCAAAUUCGUUGCAUAAUACGAGCGAUGUAAUGUUCCAACGCCAUUUUCUAUAACUCACCAGGCAAUUUAUUUUAUCGAUCUGAAAUAUAUAUUUUAAAAUUUUCUUUUUAAUAGAAAACGGGAGGGGGGGAGAAAUUUUCCACGUUAAUAAUAUAAAAAAUUAACAAUGGAGAACAGAAUGUAAGAAACAAUUCAUCUUUAAAAUUUUACAACGAAGCAAUAAAAAAUUUAUUCUCUUCCAAGAAACUCAAUAAUAAGAUUUAAGUAUCUAAAUAUCGUGUAAUAUUUACAUAAAUUUACAUAUCUAUAUUUAAAUGUCCAUAAUAAUUUUAAUUGAACAUUGUCGAUUACUCGUUCACGGAUAAUUGCAUGAUUGAUUAAAAACGAUUCGAAUCGAAAAAGUAGAUCCGUAUGAAUUUUCUUUUUCUUUUUUUUUUUUUUUUUCCCUUAGAAAUCUUCGAAACGAAGUCACGGAUUGUCGUGUUUAUUGUAUCAUUCCAAUUAUCGUGGGCGACAUUAACGUAUCGCACGUGAGAUUGUCGCCUUGAAACUCACGAAAGUGAAAGGAUUUCUGAUUUUAUCUUUCACGGGUAAAUGCGAUUCAGGGGUUAAAAGUGCAUUAUCAUUACACACUCACUUUUAACUAUUAACAGUUCAUUCUUUCCUCCUCCAUUCUCCAGAGAUUCUAAUCAAUCAAUGCUCGAAUCAAUCGAAUUUAGAAAAAGAAAUAUUUUUCAAUUCAAUUUAGAAAAUUUAUUUGAUUAAUUCCCUUUUUUUAUCUUCUUAAGAAAAUGUCACGCUCGUCUCUCUGUAUUAUUUCAAUAAUUACUUGUGUAUUAACGAAGAUAAGACACUAAUUAAAUGAAGUUAAUCGAAUUGAAAUUAUCAUGCAUUAUUAUGAACAUUCGAAGCGAGGGAACAUAAGGACAGUCUGAGUUAUUAUUGAAGCGGAUGUAAUAAAUAGGUAAAAAGGUAAAAAAUUAAUUAUAUAUUGUAUAUAACUUUCUCUCGAUAUAAGGUAGAAAGUUUAAUGCAUUUCUGGUAGAUCGUACUUGACGAAGAAUGAAUGCUUCUUAUUGCUUUGUGCCAGAUAUUCGGUUAAUAGAGCAAGACCGAUGAUUGCAAUGAAUUGUACGCUCGAUUUGUUGAAACAUCUCUGUUCGAGGUUAUUAUAUCACAAUGCACACGAUACAUAAAAAAAAAAAAUGAGGGGAAGCAAAAUUUAAUCCAAUUUUUACCUCGAUAAAAAUUAUUCGGAAAAAUAGAAAUUAUGAAAUUCAAUUCGAUUAGAAAAUUGAACGAUUGAAGAAGAGUCGAGAGAAAAUUGAGAGAAGUAGAAUCGAAGUAGAAUGAUUUUAUAGUGAAAAAAAAAAACUCCAUUCAGCAUCCAUCGAAUUCUCAUGAUUUCACUUGGAAUAAUAUCUGGUGCAAGGCAGAAAGUAACUGAUUUCACCAAUGAACAGAGAUAACCGAAACCGGUACGCCCGAAAACGAAAGUAGUCCGGGAUAAAGGAAAGAUCUGUGUGUGUAAAUAAGAAAGAAAAAUGAAAAAGAUGAAAAAGGUGAAGCGAAUGGAGAGGUAGCCGCGAGCAGUGAAAGUCCGUAAACCGGGUUGAACUUUGCCAAGAAUGGUCAGGCUUGUGAUUUAAAACGUGAUUCAAAUGAGAGAAGAAAAAAAAGAGGGAGAGGGGGAAGAAAAAAUAAGCGAGAUGAAAUUAAAAAUGAUUCGAGCUACGUACUUUAUUUCUUACGUAAGAAAAUAAAACGAAGAUUUAUUUUUCUACUGCGUUUGAUAAUCACUUUUCUUUUAUUCUUCCGUAUCAACAUACUUUUUAACAUUAUUCCCAAUAGAUAUGAAAAAUAUUUCCAUAUUUUCUAACGAUACAUUUUUUUUUUAUCAGAAUCUAUAUACCGUUUACACAGUUGUUAAAUUUUUGUGGUAAAAAUGAUUGAAUUGAUUGAUAAUUGUAUAACCGGAUACUUAAUCAUGCAAACCGUCAUGUUUCAUUAAAUUAAAUCGAUCCACGUAUUUUCUCAAUAAUAUCGUGUUCCAAUGUAAUCAAUGUUACAAAAAUAAGAUUUAACGAGGAGAGCCGACAACUUAUGAGUCAUCGAUAAUUAUCAUUUGUAAUUCCACCGAGUGGUGGUGUGCAUGAAAACGUGAAAAAGAUUGCCAUUCCUUCGCGAACGUGUUCACGCGACGCUUGAGAAAUUUAAACGAUAACAAAAUGGUGGUGUGGCUGGUGUUGAUAGCAACAUCAUCUAUCUAUCUGGCGGAGGCGGCUAUACCGGACCCACCAAAUUCCAAAUUCUCGACUGUCAACCCGUUGAAACUGUCCACUGCGGUGGACUGCACCGGAAUUAUUGCUUUUUCGGCGACCCGUGCCUCUGUCGAUCAUGCCAAAGCCGUAUUCGCCGAGACACUGGUCGACAAAGGUGUGGGUUACGUACCUCAAACAGGAAUUUUCAUCACCAACUGUCCAGGCCUGUAUCAAUUCAGCUUUGCCGGAUAUGGAAGCACCGAUCUACGAUUAACUUUGAAAAAGAAACAAAACAAUUCUGACAGCUGGAGACCUGUGGUUGGCACUGGUGCAGGAGGUGGUGCUAAUUUGAUUUUGCUGGACGUCGAUGUUGGAGAUCAGCUAGCUGUCUUCGUCGAUAGUGGAAAAAUAUCAGACGGCGUCACAUUCUCUGGAUACAGAAUUGCUAAAACAUAAUCUACCAAUUCGUAUAAUUGAACCACGAUGAGACAACAAUCGCUUUUUUUUAAUAAGCAAAUAUCGAAAAUUAUUUAGAAUAUUUACUACUCGUGCAAAUCUAAAUUGGACUUAAUUUCGAAUCGAUAAUGUGAAACUGUUCUUUUUUCUUCUUUUUUUGAAAUAAUUUCUUCAGCAGUUAAUCAUUUGCUCAUUAAUUUUUAUUAUAAAUUGAGUUAUUUUUUUAAAUUGCUGAUAUCUAUGGAAGAAUUUGAAAUCGAUCUGAUAUUAGAAAAUACAAAAUUGAGUAGUAGUCUUUGAUGGAUGAAUUGAAAGUGAAAAUUUGAAUUCGUUAUUGAAUUUCUUCAAUGAAUAUUUUUGGAUUGGAUUUAAUCGUGAUUCUAAAUGAGAAACAUUCGAUCAGAGCGAUUUUAAUCUCCUCCACGAAUUUAACGCUCUGUGAUAGCUCCCUUUCUAUCGUUUUAUUUUCCAUGUGUCUCGCAAUUUCUUUGAUCAUCUGUCAAAAUAAUAUUAUCAUGGAUUACUGAAAUUGUGAGACAAAUGAAUUUUUUAUAUAUUGCCUUCUUGUUUUUCUUUCUUUCCUUUCUAUUCAUUGUUUUGUUUUUAUUUUACCUACCAGUACAAUUCUUUUUAUCAAAUUUCAUUCAUUUGUUCUUCUUUUUAUAUUUUUUUUUCUUCUUCUGUAAAAAUGAUGUUUCUUCUACUAGUACUAUAUCACUUUUCUUCUUUCUUCAUUUUUCUUCAAUUAUUAUUAAAAUUCUACUUUUUAUCUUUCUAUUUCUUCGAAUCCUGAAUUUUCUUCUUUAUUUUUUAAAUUAUUCUUCUACUUAGUCUCCUCAAAUACCUCUGUCAGUAUUACUACAUCAAAAUUAAUCUUGCUACAAAUAAUUUUCCAUUUAUUUUUCUCUAUUUCAAAUCUAUACUCGCUUUAUUUAUCUCUUUUCCUAUAUAUUUUACUUUCUCUUGUUACAACUACUAUAUUACUAUAGAAUCUAUUCUCUAUGUUACUAUUUUAAUGACAAACUUUCACUUCUGACUUCAAAUCUUUUUUAUUUCUCAUGUUCUUUUAUUUCCUUGUAUUUCAGUUUUAAUUUAACUUUUAUUUUAUUUUUUUUUUUAUGAAGUCAAGAAUAUACUGAAGUACCUGAAAUUUUAUAUUAUAGCACUUCAUUUUCAUUUCUAAGUGCUACCGAUAUUACUUUUUUUUUUAAUUUCUUUAAUGAUUUAUUUUAUAACUAUAUUUUCUAUACUAUUGCUAUUUUUAGCUGUUUUAUGUUCCUUUAUGAUCUCUAUUUUUUCUUCUUUUCUAAUCUGUUCUUGUUCUGUUGUUCUUUCUGUUAUUACUUUAUUUCCAUUUUCUCAAUCUUAUUUUCUAUUCAUGUUCUUUUAUCUUAUAUUAUGAUCUAUUAUGUUUGUGAUUUAUUUUAUUGUUAUUCUAUAUCUGUUAUUUAAUUUUUUUCAAUUCUAUUUUUUCUUUCAUAAGUUAUUUUAUAUUUUUUCUAUCGAAUUUAAAUACUACUUUCUACCUCUGUGUAUUAUCCUAUUUCUUAUGUGUGUGUUUUCUUUUUCUGAACUUGUUUCUAUCUGUUAUCACUAUAUUUUAUCAUACUUUUUCUUUCUGUAUUUAAAAAUUCUUUUCACUAUUUUCUGUAAAUAUUAGUCCCAUUCUUUUUUUAUUACUUUUUUAUUAGUUUUUCUCAUUGAACUUUCUUUUCUCUUCAUCUAUAUCUACUAUUUGAAAAACUAUUUACUUUAAUUCUUUUCUUUCUUUGACUUCUUUGACUUUAUUUCUUCUUUUCAAUAUACUUUUUUCUCCAUUAUAAAUUUGAUCUAUAUUUAUUUUUUCUUCAUUUUCAUUUCUUUUUCAUCUUUCCAAUUUUGUUAAUACUUAUCUAAAUUUUCUUUUAUUAUCUGCUACUAUUCUAUAUCUCCAUUCUAUUCUAAAUUUUUGUUUCUAUUUCUUUUCUAUUUUCUUAUUUUUAAAUUUUCCUUUUUCAUUUACUUUUUUCAAAUACUUUUUUUUCUUUCUUCGUUUAUAGAAAAGUAUUUCAAAUUUUGCUAUUUCAUUCUUUUCUUCUUUCUAUAUCCAUUCUAUAUCUACUAUAUGCAAACUAUUUAUUCUUUUCUUAGUUCUUCUUUCUAUUUCGUAUUUCAAUAAAAUUCUUUUCCAAAUUUCUACUUUAAUUUCUAUUUUUUUUCUCAUCUCUUCAUUCUCUCCUUUUCUAUCUAGUUUUGUCUACAUUUCUAUUUUACUUGUCGAUAAAACCAUCUUGAAUUCAAUCCUCCAUUGAAAGAACAAUCUAAAUAUUCAAGGAAAAAGACACGCCAUUAAAAACCGGAAGUGCACAUGUUGCGUCACUUUCGAUCAGGAAACCGCGUUUCCUCUUAUAUUCUCUCACUUCUAGUCUAGUCUUCCCACCUAUCGUUACCUGGAUCUAUUCUACGAAAACUAUAAACAACGAGAACAAUGCGUAAUUCUUCUCAUGCUGUGAUUCUCAAGUGCUAUAGUUGUUUAAAUCUAAAUAUGUACACGAGACUGUAAUUAUUAACGUAUUUCCAUUCUGUAUAUCUUGCGAAUUAAUACAAAAUUUCUUUUCUUUUUCAGGAUACAAACUUAACUUUAAUCUCUCGUUGUAAGUUAACAGUUGCUUGAUUGUUUCUUUUUUUUUUUUCCUUCAUUCUAUUUGCUAUUUCUUCGAAGAGAAAGAUGUACGUAUUUUUUUUACAAAUUUAUUAAUUUUUUUACAAAUUAGAAAAAAAUAAAAAAAAAUCGAACAACUGUUAGCCACUAUACCUUGACUAUCUGUUUACAAUAAACAAUCAGUCUCUAUA